AUGUACAAGAUUUUUCUAGUAGCCGCGUUUGUCGCGAUGACCGCUGCAAGGCCACAACACGAUCACGACUACCAGCACGGUCACGGUCACGCUGUGUCAUCGCAGAGCAUCGUACUGCACCAAACUCACGAGAGCAAGCACGAGCCCGUACACCACGAGGAACAUCAUGAGGAGCAGCACGAGCAGCACCAGGAGGAGCAUCACCACGGACACCACGAGGAACACCACGGCCACGCCUCCUCCUCACAGAGCAUCAAGCAGCGCCACGGCAAAGCCACUGAGAAACACGUCGAGUACUAUUCCCACCCUAAGUACGAGUUCGCGUACAAAGUGGUGGACCCUCACACCGGCGACAAGAAAUCUCAGCACGAGUCUCGUGACGGUCACGUCGUGAAGGGCGUGUACAGUCUGCAUCAACCCGACGGCACCGUCAGGAUCGUCGAGUACCACGCUGACAAGAAGACUGGGUUCAACGCCAACGUGAAGUAUGAGGGUCACGCCGUACACAUAGUUCCUGAACACCAUCAUCACCACUAA